CUUGUCCGCACGCGCUGCAAUUUCCUUAUUCUUACAAAUGAAUCCGUCAAGCGACGCAGACGCGAUCGACCAGGGGUCGACGCCAAAGCGCCUCAAAACCAAUGACCACAAAGCAGUACCGGCCAGUAUUCUCAUGGCCAGUCCAUCUGAAGCGCACGCUGAGCAGAAGCCGCCAACACUAUCGCCCAAAGACCGGCGCAAGGGCCGAAAAUCGCUCGGCCGCCGCGUGAGCUUCGCGCCAACUGCCCAUGUCCGCAUGUUUGAGAUCCAGGAAGAAAAGCAGGCCCAGACACCGCCUGCCAACAUGUUUGAUAUCCCGGACCUGUCGUCGCAGGCCGGCACCGGCGGGUUCGACCUCGGCGGCCUGUCGGCGAUUGAAGAGACAUCUAUGGUUAGCAAUGAGAGCUUCGAUAUUUCCGUGCACCAAUCGGAUCUGACGGACUCGAGCCUCGGCGAUUCGUCGUUUCUGGCCAAUCUGCAGGCGCCUGUGGACAAUGCGGCCCAGUACCAGGAAGUUCUGAGCGACGAUGACGAGGAUUUGGAGGACGAUGAUGAGGAGGCACAGACUAUGGAGCUUACAGGCACCUUCGAUAUGGGCGCAAUCCAGAAUGGCGCGGACAGCCCUGAGGAGGAUGUCGAGGAAGAAGAUGGCGUGCAGUCUACGCACUCGCUGGCGUCUGGCCUCGCCACCACCGACGUGUCGAGCUUUCUCAACAUGCUUUUGCAGGGUAAUGGAACUUCUGCCACCCCUGCUGGGGCUCUGGCCGCACAAGAGCCGAGCCUGCUCGACAAUAUCAUUUCGCAGUUCGACACUACCCAGCAGAUCAGCGUGCUUGCCGGCCAGGGCAACAUUACUGACAGCGAGACUACCCGUGUGGGCAUCGACGAGGGCUCGGCCGACGAGGACACUAUCAGGGUACAGCCUGCCGGAGAUAGCAGUGACGAGGACAUUGAUGAUGAGGGCGACGAGGGAGCGGUGACUAUGGAGCUAACAGGGAUUGUGGGUGAUCUGGAGCCCGGGCAGAAUAGCAGUAUGAUUGUAACUGAGGAGGACUCGGACGCCGAGAUGGAGAUCGAGGGUGAAACCCCCGUGGUGGACGGUGACGCCGAUACCGAGCCAGAGGAUGAAGGUGCAGAGCUUGUGGCAGACGACAAUGCUGAUUCUGGGCCAGAAGAGGCAGAGGAUUCUGUUGAUGAGGAAACGGCGGAAUCUGAUGAAGAAGAAGUGGCAGAACCUAUCGCGGAGGCAACUAAUGCUGCUGAGUCCGUAAGUCUCCAGGCUACCGACGCUGCGGAAUCCAUAGCCAGAGAGACAGCCCCUGAGCCAGCAGAGGACGCAGCUGGCCCACCCUCACCUAGCCUGAGUGCUUCUCUUCAAGCAUCUUCUCCGACAUUACCACCAACUCGGACAAGUCCUAGAACUCCUAGAACUCCAAAAGCGCCUAAGGUCGCGGCAACGCCAAAGAUGCCCAUGACCGCAGCGACACCAAGCACCAGGGCUACUCCCAAAGCAGCGACGCCAGCACCGGCUAGUAUCUCCAGGUCCUCCAGAAAUGGCCCAUCUGCCAUCCCAAAGACCGCAGCCACACUGCCCCGACCUGUUGCUACGCCAAAAUUUGGACCGCUACCAAAAGGCCCUGCAACUGCCCCUCGGGCAACAGCAGUCGAGCCUCUGUUCCCGCCAAAGUCUGCUGCUCCGCCGACCAACGCUUCGGCAGCUGAAGCGGCCAUGUCUCCGGUACUGGGCAUGCAGACACCCAGGACCAUGGCCACGCCUGGGGCAAAUGGAGGCGUGUCUGUUGCAGGAGUCGCGUCGCACAGCCUGUUUGACGCGUCGCCAUCGGUCGAGGCAUCAAACCGGCGCGACUCGCGGUCACGCAAGAGCCCGAACGAGAAACCCCCCGCACUGCUGUUCGAUAUACACCAGCAGCAGCCUGAGCCUAUGGGCGGUGACGAGACGAUCCCUGCACCCAAGGAGCCGACACCAGAGCCCGUGCGCGACCCGAUGUUUUCGCUGGACCCACUACCCCCGGUCCCCACCCUGGACGGCACUCCAGAGCUAAUAACCAGCAAGGUCUCGCCGGCGCUGGGCGACAUUGCCAAGGCUGGCCUGGUGUUUGGUAUCUUCAACGCAUACCAGCGGCAAAACCUGGUUCCCACAGCCCCCGCUCCAGAUCUCGACAUGGAGUAUCCGCAAAAAUACGAGCCACUGUACCGCAAGGCGAAGUUGAAGGCACGGCUCGACUACUGCCUGUCGCUAAACAACCUGUUUGAGAUCGACCGAGAGGUCAGCGAGGUGAUCAAGCAGCCGUCAGCCGAUGUGACUCCAUUUGCCGAGUUCUUCCAGGAGCAGAACGCGCUUCUGGAAGAGCAUCGAUCGAAUUUGCUGCUAAAACUCUCGCGUCUGAAGCAGAAGCUGUCGCAACCAGCGCCCAGCGAGUCCACUGGCAGGCGUGCGGCCGACAUCAAGGCUCUGCGGUCGCAGGUCAGUGAGCUGCGCGCAACGCGCACAGCCAAGGUGGCAGCUGUCGACGAGCUCAAUACUGAGAUCCAGGCACUGCAGCGCACCAGUCUAGCGCUGGACCGCAAGGCGUCGGAGAAGAAGAACUCGCAGAGCGUCCUGCUUGCCAUCAACGGCCUGCAUCUGUCAGAUGUAUCAGAGGACAGGUGCGAGUUUGUCUACGACAAGUUUGCGAAGCUCAAUGUCGACGCGACCGCCGAGUUCUCCUCGCUGCAUCCAGACAUCGACUGGAAUGCUGUGGUCAAGGAUGCUGUUGGCGGAAAGGAAAUGGCGUCCCGCCACUAUGUGAUCAAGGCCAUGAAGGCCAACGCCGUGAUCAAGCGGCUGCUCGCCGAUGUCAAGGCCAUUCGGCGCCAGACGUUGGUGGAGCUGCAGUACAGCGAGGGUAUCCAGGUCCGCGUGCUGUUCUUCUCGCGUGCGCAUCGGCGACGCUUCUACCUGCAGAUCCCGCUGCCAAAGCUCGAUGACUAUGUGCAUUUGUACGAGGAGUCGAGGUUCGGACUGGCCAGUCGAUGUCACGUAUGGCGAUGUGGAUGCUGCCCGGUUUAGGCAGUGUCUGAAGGCGUGCAAGAUCAAUCCACAGAUGCCGCUGCUGUCGAUGUAUGAGCACAUUGAACGGUCAAUGGACGGCUUUUGAAUCUACGAGUAUUUUAAAAAUGUGUGCCCAUUUUAAUGCGCUGGCAAUCAAUGUGAAUAUUCCUGUAACGUAAAAAUCGCGACUGAUUGCG